AUGAGCCGAAGCAGCUCCCCUGAUUACAAGACGUUUUUUCUCGAGGCAGAAGAGGAACGAAAGCAGGAAAGGGAGAUAAGAAAACAGGCAGAGGAGGAAAGGAACCAAGAAAAAGAGCGUAAUCGACCAAGCACCUUUGGAGAGUUCAUCCGAUAUUCCCAUGAUCUCCUAUGGCGACCGCUAAAAGCCGAAGUCCCUUCUCGCUCCACGACAGGGAAGAUUGACCCUCCGACCGACAAAUACUGCCCUAAAAGACUGCUUCCGUGGACGGCUUGUGCAGCUAGACAGCUUGAAAUCUAUGAAUCGGUCUGCCGCCACCUACAGCCCACGGAAGCAGAUUCACGGCAAUUAUUCGCAUCGCGUGCUGGGUUGGAAGAAAUUGGCCGCCGAUUCGCUGACCGAGCGAUUAGCAGCGAACAGGAUCUUGCAACUUGUGAACGACUAGCCGUGGAAGAUCAUGUGCAUGAUAUUAUUGCCGAGUUAUGCAAGAUACCCGAUGCCAAAGAUGGUGAGCCAGGUGGUAGCAGAUCUUCAAGCGAAAAACCCGCCAAGCCUGACCAAUUCUGCAUUCAUCGAGUUGACAGUGACACGAGGAACUUGCUCACCACCGUCGAAUACAAAGCACCCCAUAAGCUCUCCGUGCAGAGCCUUCGUGAGGGUCUUCGACCGAUGAAUUUCUGGCAAGAGAAUGUCAAACUCAAUACGAUUCCUACGGAAGAACCGGAGAAGUCAAAGUACAACAUGGCACGGCUUGUAGGAGCAGCAAUCGUCCAAGAUUUUCAUGUGAUGAUUCAAGAGGGUCUCGAAUAUUCAUAUUUAACGAACGGACUCAUGGACGUGCAGCUCUGGGUUCCCUUUGAUGACCCAGAUACGCUCUACUACAACCUAGUUUUGACAGCUACGUCUGAGUACCUGCCAUCAUCUUUCUCGGCUGGAUUGCCCGUCCCCGGAGGUCAUCGGAUGGCCACGCGAUAUGGUCUUGGAUGUGCGCCUUCAUCCGAUCAGCCACACCGAGAGGAUUCUUCAGACUCUGAUGCAGAUCCUAACACAUCUACCGGACGGAAGAGGGGUUUCAGCAAGGUCGAACCGUCACCCCCGACUCGUCGCUCUGCACGGCGAACAGAUAUUGGAGGGUGCCAAGGGAAGCAAUUUUAUCAGCAUGUAGCUCAAUUCUGCACGCAAAAGUAUCUUCUGGGCCUGCAACAAGGCGGUGUAAUGGACCCUUGCUGUCCUAAUGCUGAACUCCACAUCUCUGGCAGACAGGACGACCGACACAUCGACGUGAAGACGUUGGUGCAGAUGGUCAAAGAGCAGCUUGAUGAAGAUCUGGAUCAUAAUUUUACACCGAUGGGAGAUCGUGGGUCUUAUGCUGCGCCGUUUAAAGUCACUUGUGCCGCGUACGGUUAUACUAUUGUCGGCAAAGCCACCACCUCUCGGCGCUGGAAAGUGGUAUCGAGUGAAGCGGACGUUUACCGUAUCCUUCGGCCUGUACAAGGCUCGGCGGUUCCAGUUUUCCUUGGAGCGAUUGACUUGGACAGAGUCUACUUCCUGCAUGGCGCAGGAGAAAUACGCCACAUACUCCUUAUGGGCUGGGGCGGUGAGGAUUUAAGCCAUCUGAGAUCCGGGAACAGUCUCGAUCAUGCAAUUUCACGGUCCCUGAGAAAGAUACGUUCUUUAGGUAUCAUCCACCAGGAUCUCCGACCAGAGAAUAUACUAUGGAAUGCUGAGUUGAACCGUGCCUUGAUUAUUGACUUCCAUCGAUGCACACUCCGACAGCAACAGAUGCACAGACGGCCAGGGUCUAACAAACGGCCACGAGAUGCAGCUCAAGAGCAUUAUCACAAAAGAGUGCGUGAGGUAUGA